CCGGCGCUUCAAAACCGAUAUAAACCGUAUAAACGCGACAGAAAGGGGGCUAACACCGGCCCCAUCCGUGUGGACAGGCAUUUUGCGCCCGCUCCCUCACGGCUCUCUGAGUCACCGCCCCCACGGGCGCCAUUCUCCCCCCGUCAGCGAGUGGUGCGCUCCGCCGCGGCGCGGGCCAAUAGGAAGCGGCCUCGGGCCAAGUUCAAACUCCGGCGGCGGUUGGGGCCGGGCUGCGUGACCGGGGGCGAGGGGGAGCGCCCGGCACCUGAGGGGCGCCUGAAGGCCGCGGGGAUGGCGGAGGAAGGGGCCGUCACCGUCUGCGUGCGGCUGCGACCGCUCAUUGCCAGGGAAAGCGCUCUGGAGGAUAAAGCGUCGCUUUACUGGAGGAGUGAGAAUAAUACGAUUUCGGAAGUGAAUGGCACCAAAGUGUUCAGUUACGAUCGUGUCUUUCACUCAAAUGACAACACACAGCAAUUAUACGAAGGUGUAGCUGUUCCAAUUAUACAGUCAGCCGUGCAAGGUUACAACGGCACAAUCUUUGCAUAUGGACAGACUGCCUCAGGGAAGACGUACACAAUGAUGGGAAAUGAAGAUUCUGUGGGCAUUAUCCCUAACGCAAUUCAACAUGUCUUCAAAAUUAUUUGUGAGAUUCCAGAUAGAGAAUUCUUGUUAAGAGUUUCCUACAUGGAAAUCUACAAUGAAACCAUUACAGAUUUGCUUUGUGAUAUCAGGAAGAAGAAGCCUCUAGGAAUUCGUGAGGAUGUUAAUAGAAAUACAUAUGUAGAAGACCUGAUUGAAGAGGUGGUUGUUUCCCCACAACAAGUUAUGGAAUGGAUCAGGAAAGGAGAAAAAAAUCGCCAUUAUGGGGAAACAAAAAUGAAUGAACACAGCAGCCGUUCUCACACUAUCUUCAGAAUGAUAAUUGAAAGCAGAGAACGAAGUGACCUUGCAAAUGCAAACUGCGAUGGAGCAGUGAUGGUGUCCCACUUGAACUUGGUAGAUCUGGCAGGCAGUGAAAGAGCUAGUCAAACAGGAUCUGAAGGUCUCCGACUGAAAGAAGGCUGCAAUAUAAAUCGGAGUUUGUUCAUUCUGGGUCAAGUUAUCAAAAAGCUUUGUGACGACCCUUCUGGUUUCAUAAAUUACAGAGACAGCAAGCUGACUCGAAUUCUACAGAACUCUCUUGGAGGAAAUGCUAAGACGGUUAUUAUCUGUACAAUUACUCCUGUUUCUUUUGAUGAAACACUCAGUACUCUUCAGUUUGCCAAUACAGCCAAAAGAAUGAAGAAUACUCCAAAAGUCAAUGAAGUACUUAAUGAUGAUGCCCUCCUGAAGAGAUGUCGCAAAGAAAUUCUGGAUUUGAAAAAACAGCUGGAGGAAGUGUCUCUGAAGACUCAAAUUCACGCGAUGGAAAAAGAUCAAUUGGCCCAGUUGCUGGAAGAAAAAAAUUCUCUUCAAAAAGUGCAGGAGGAUAGGAUACGAAACUUAACUGAGAUGCUGGUGACUUCUGCCUCGUUUUCAUCGAAACAGAAUAUUAAAGCCAAGAAAAGAAGAAGAGUUACAUGGGCUCCUGGUAAAAUAAACCAGGAGAAUGCGAAUUAUUUUGAAGACUUUGAAAAAACAACGUUGACUGAAACAAAAAAAAUGAAAGUGUCUCUGUCUUCACUACCAGAUGGAGAGGAUUCUACGUUUUUUGAGAAUUCUGAACAUGACAACCAAUGUUUAACUGUUCCCGAUCAAAUUUCGGAUAUAGAGUGGACUGCUGGACCUAACAUGAACUGGACUCAGAAAGACUUUGAAGAAUCUGUGCAAUGCUGUGAGGUUUUAGCACUAGAAAAGGAUCUUGCUGUAAAUGAACUCAGUGUCCUACAAGCUAACUUCGAUAACCUAGUAUUAGAAAAUGAACAGCUGAAAUUAGAAAUAAAUGAAAUGAAGGAGAAACUGAAGGAAAAGAUAGAAAUGGAUGAAUUUGAAGUGCUGGAAAAACAAACACAAAAAGAUCAUGAGAUAGAGCUAAUGCAUGAAAUUACCAACCUAAAGAAUAUAGUUUCAAAUGCUGAAGUGUACAAUGAAGAACUUGAGGCAGAAAUAAGCUCCAAAUUGGAACAGCUGAAAGAGAAAGAGAACAAAAUAAAGACAUUACAGAAUCGUGUGGAAGAAUUGCAGAAAGCAGGAGUGGAAAAAAAGGAUGCAUCUUUUUCAGUUGUAAACAGAGAUUCCGAUAAACUAAUUGAGGAAAUUCAACAGCUGAAUAAAUCCCUCUUAGAUAGUGAAACUAUAGCUUUGGAUGCCAAAAAAGAAUCUGCUUUUCUUAGAACUGAAAAUUUGGAGCUGAAGGAGAAAAUGAAUGAACUCUUAAAUAAUUACAAGCAAAUGCAAAAGGAUGUGCAACUCUAUCAAAGUCAAAUAGAAGCAGGAAAAGCCAGCUACAAAAAAAUGCAAGCUGACUUGCAGAAAGAAUUGCAGUCUGUAUUUCAAGAAAACACAAGGUUAACUUCACUGAUGGAGGGUAAAGUUCCAAAAGAUUUGCUUUCUGUUGUGGAGCUGGAAAAAAAGGCAUCUGAUGUAAAAGCGGAGCUAGAAAAAGCAUUGGAAGAGAAUGCACUCCUACAAAAACAAGUAAAUGAGCUAUCAGAAUUUCAGUCUCUACCAAAUACUGUUGAGAUACAGCAGAGAGAGAUUCUUGAAAAAUGUGAGGAGCUACGCUUACUAAAACUGGAAAGAGAAAAGCUGCUCUCUGAGGCAGCAGAUAAUGAAGUUAAACUUAAGUAUAUGACUGAAGAAAUUGGAAAAUCAAAAGAAGAUCUAGCAGAUGCACAGCUUAAAUAUGAAAACUCUGAUCAGGAAUAUGUAGCACUUAAACAACUGCAUGAAGAACUAGAACUAAAAUACGUAGCUGCAUCGGAGGACAAUGAACAAAUGAAACUCCAAAUAGAAUAUCUAUCUAAAGAAGCAGAACAGUCCAAAACAGCCUUGGAUGAUGUGAAAUUAGAGCUCUCUAACAAAAUGAAAGAAUUGGAAGAAAAGAUAGCAGAGCGCGACCAUCUUCUUGGUGUAAGAGAAGAUCUUAUUCAGACUCAGCAGAAGCUAAAUGAAAUGGAACAAUUAAAAGAGCAAGAAAAGAUUAUGGAAUCAAGAUUGGAGGCCAAGGAUUCAGAGAUACAGGCAGUUCUUCAACAGCUUAGUGGAUGUUGGGAAGAAAUAAAAACUCUCACUCAGGAAAGAGAUUACCUGAAACAAAAAGAGGAGUCUCUCCAAGUUGAGAAGGACCAGCUCAGUGAAGAUAUCAAGGACACCGUUUCAAUGAACAUUUUAGCACAGGAAGAACUGAGAAAUGCACAGAGUUCUCUCAAGCAGUCCCAGGAAGCUGUUAAGAAGUUGGAGAAAAGUAUUUCUGAAAAAGAGUCUCAGAUGCUGAGUGUUGAGGAGACACUAAGGAAAACCAUUAGUGAACUUGAAAUACAGAUAUCACAAAUGACAGAAGAAAUUAAAAACAUCACAUCAGAGAGAGACCGGCUUGCUGAAGAAAAAACAGAAAAAAAACGUAGCGAAAGUGAUCAGCUUCAAGUGCUAAAGGAACAGAUAUUUUGCCUUACACAAGAGAACAAUUCAUUGCAAGAUAAGCUGGACAACUUACACUUGAAAAAAGAAGAGAAUGGGGAAGGAACUCUGGUAUCUGAGACUCAAGAGAAGUCCAUUGAGCAGGAAAUACUACUUCUAAGAGAAGAGCUGAGCCAGACACAAAAGAAACUGCGUGAAAUGGAAGAAAUGAAAGCCAGUGAAUCUAACAGGGAGUCAGAAAAAAUGGGGAGAACAGAUUUUACUAGAAAACUGCAUGACUGUCAAGAAAUGGGAACUCUGACAGAAAGAGGAGAUUAUGAUGAUGAUCUUAAAAUGCAACUGGAAAAUCUCCAAAAUGAGAGAGACCAGCUGAGAAACACUGUACAGGAGACCAUUAACGUGAAUUCAGCUGUGCAGGAAGAGUUGAGAUAUGCUCAUAACUCUAUCAGACAACACCAGGAGACCAUUGUGGAACUGAAAGAAAGUAUUUCAGAGAAAGAAGGUCAACUCCUGGAAGUGCAAGAGGCGUUGAAGGAAACAACUGAGCUGAAGCAGAAGCUCGCUGAAGUAACUGAAAACCUGACUCGUGUCUCUUCUGAGUAUGACAUGCUACUUGCAGAAAAAGAACAGACUGAAAGAAUAAUGAAUGAGCACGUCUGUCAGGAGCCUGAGAAAAUUGCUCUACUUAAUCAGGAGAAAGAUGAACUACAGCAAAUGGUAGAGGUCUCUAAAGCAGAAAGAGACCAGUUAGAGGCUGACUGUCAGGAAAGCAAGGAGAGAUUGUUAAAAGUUCUGACAGAAAUGGAAAGUCUGCAGGAAGAACUAAAGCAUCAUAAAGAGCAAGCUAAUAUUCAGAAGAACUUGCUAGCAGAAGGAGAAGAGAAACUGCAAAACACUGAAGAAAAACUAACUGAAGAAAUAAACAAACUGAAAGAAAAGAUAGACAUGUUGAAUGAGGACUUAAAUUUGGUAACCGAGGAAAGGCAACAGCUGCUGGGAGAACUAAAAGAAAAGACUGAAAGUGAAAACAAUAAAGACAAUGAACUUCAACAACUAGAGAAACAAUGUGAUUUGUUAGCACAGGAGAGAGAUCAGCUCCAGGAAAUGCUGGAAGGUGUUCAAGCAGAGAAGAACAAACUGGAGGUUGACCUACAGAAGAGUGUUGAUAAGAUUCUUGAAACAGAAAAGGAAUUGAAGUGGCAGCAAGAACUCCUCAGCAAUGAGAAGAUCAAAGCUGAAGAGAGGGAGGAACAUCUGUUAAAGGUUCAGAGGAGGUCAGAGAUUCUAGAGGACAGCCUAACAAAUAAGAUUCAACAGUUAACUGAGACACUAAAUAGUGUAUCAAGUGAAAAAGACCAGUUAUUGGCUGAAAGAACUAGUCAUUCUUUUCAACUUAAAGAACAAAUCUCAUCAAUUAAUGAAGAAAAAGAUGAGCUACAAAAACUUCUUCAGGACAUCAGGUCUGAGCGGGACCAGCUCAAGAUGGAAUUGCAAAAAAGCUCUGAGAUGUAUAUUGAAACAAGUGCUAAACUGGAACGUGCUCUAAGUAAACUGAAGGAGAGAAGCCUGAGCGACAUGUCUGUUCAAGUGGAUGCACUGGAUAACGCAGAACAGAUGGAUGAUGACAGCCUGAAGGCAAAAACCUUGAAAAUUAAGGAGCUUCUUGAGAUAUUCCCAAGUAUGCAGAAGAGGUAUGAAUGUCUCUCCACAAUGUCUCUUAAUGUAAAGAACGAACUGAAUAGCCAGAAAGCAGUGAUAGCUGUGAUACUGACUCAGCUUUCAUCAGAACAAAGUAAGCAAGUCAAAAGACUUCAAAUGGAAAAUGAGAAAAUAAACAGUCAUCUCCAGAAUCUAUUGAACAGACUCAAGUUUCAUUUCACUCAUGUUUGCUCAAAGAAAAGGGAGUAUCAUGCUACUGUUAACAAGUAUGAAAUGGAAUUGCUUGAGGAAAAGAGAAAACAAGAUCAGCUACACGCUCAAAUUCGGUGUCUCAAGGAGUUUCAUUUGAACCAGAAUGAAAUACCUUCUCAAGUGGUAAAUGUUGGUGAAGUGCUGGAGAGUUUGCACUCGGAUGCAGAGAAUAUUCUCAAAGACAUAUCAGAAAUGGAAAGUGAACUUCUCAGCAUAGAGACAGAGUUACAGCAGGAAGAAAGUGCUAGAAAAGAAACAACACAAUUCUGGGAAGCUUGUUCAGGACUCCACUAUGAUGCAGAAGAACUUAAAGAAGUGUUAAAAAAAGAUAAUGAAAGGCUUUUACAAGUCAUUAACUUCUGGACUCCAAAAGUAAAGGCGCUCCUUCAGCUUACUUCAGAGUUGAAUGACAGAACUUCCAACUACUGUAAAAAUGCUGAUAUUGAAUGGAAACAGAGAAAAGAGAAAACUGAAGAGUUGCUUCAGGAACUAAACACCCUUAAGGAACAACUGGCCCCUGGUGGCUCUGCUCAUCUUCUGUUAGAAGAAGAAAACUACAGACUUAAUAACCACUUAAAGGCUGCAGAACAAGAUAAAAAGGCUAUGGAAGUAAAAAUCCAAAAGUUGGAAAAUAUAAUAAAUGAAGCAGAAAAAAAUGUCAGAGAAAAAGAUGACAGGAUAAAUAAGUUACAAGCACAGAUAAAAGUAAAAGCAGCUACAAGUGAGCUCACCCAGCUGAAAGCCAAACUGAAUGAGACAGAGAAGUGCCUCAGCACUGCCCUAACAGAAAAUCAGAGUCUCCAGGCAAAAUUAAAUAAAGGUGCGGAGUUGUACAAAGAAGAAAUUGAUAAUCUCAAAACACAAUUGGUAAAAUAUGAUAUGGAAAGAAUGAAGCAAUCAAAUUCUUUUGAUAUGAAACUUGCUAAUUAUAAAGCUCUUGCAGAACACCAAGAAGAACAGUUAAGAAAGCUAAAAGAAGAACUUAGAAGAGCACAGCAAGAUCACGAUGUUACUGUGGUGUCUAAAAAAGAAGCUCCUCAGCAAUCCCAAAUGCCCCUUACUUGUGGUGGUGGCAGUGGUAUUGUUCAGAGCACACAAAUGCUUGUUUUAAAAUCUGAACAAGUGAAGCUACAGAAAGAGAACUUGCAGCUGAAGAAACAAAAUGACCUUCUACUAAGUAAUGAGGUUCAAUUGAAAGAGGAACUUAGAAAAUGGAAAGAAAGAGCCCUAAAAUUGAAAGAACGAUCUUCGAGAGAGACUACUCGAGAGACAGUACCAAGGUCUCCAAGGAAGACAGUGUCAUAUUCCCUUAGAGAGCAAAAUUCACCCUUCAAAGAGCCUAUUUCUCAGGAAACUGUGACUCAAGAUGCAUCAAAGCCUCUGCCACUGACGUGUCCAACAAAUUUCUUUGAUAAUUCCAGCUUAGGUACACUAACAGAUACGCGACCUGCAGGAAUAGAGCCCACAGAAGAAUAUCUUAAGCAGUGGUUUGGAACUUCAGAGAAAGAUAAAGCCCCUGAUUGUACUACCCAGUAAAGAUGUUCUGUUGUAAGCUGCCUUUGCAGUGGUAACAUCCAGAAUCUGCCUAUAUGGAAGACAGUUCCGUCAGGUUAAAUCAUCAACUGUGGGAAGAGCUCUGGCAGCAUGCAAUUCCCUUGUUGUCCUGGAGCUGCUGCUUCUCCCAGCUGGAAAAGCUGCAAUACAAGAACAAAAAUUGAAAAGCAGUCAUAUUGCCUGCAAACUGCUGCUGAUGUUCUUCUUUGGUUAUUUUCUGGAUAGCAAAGAAAGAAAAGCUAACUUACUGAGGAAAAAUGGACACAGGAAUGAAUCACAAACUAAUCUACUAUGAAACUUCUCAAACUUCUCUGGCGUUCCUGCAACAGUCCUGUCUGGGUGGUUUCUAUCUUCAGAGAGCUGUUGAUUUGGAAAGAACUGUUCUCACUAGUUACUUUUUGCUUCUCAAUAUAGAAGUUUUAUACUUUUUUUUUUUUUUGAGACUGUGGAAACUGCAUUUUUACCACAACUUUAACCUCUGUAUUGGGCACUGCAACUGAAGUUGCUCGUUUUCUGUUUUGUAAGGCACAAAAUCAAGGAUUUCUCUUAAACUCUUUACAAUAUUUCUGCAGCUCAGUCAAUUAUGGUGCCAGGAGUAACUUUGUAUUUUGUAUCAUCUUUGAGUAUACUUCUACUUCCUGUUUGAAGGUGGACAUCUGGAUUUUUUUUCCAAACAGUAAGCAAUGGAUCUAGUUGAUGCUUCAGUUACUCUAGUGAGUGAAAAACAAAUUGUACGAUCAGGGCUGUAUGGCAGACUGUUUUACUAUCCUGCUUACAUGAAUUUUGAGACUUAUUUUUUAUGUCCUGUAUAAGAAGGUUUGUUUUGACAAUAAACUUUAAUGUGUUCAGUAUUUC